AUGAAUAAAUUACUCUUCGCAUCAAUAAAAGACGUAAGUCAAAAAAUACAUAAUGUCGAGGUGCGACCUUCCGAUAUCGCAAAAGCAGCUGUCAAAUUGACAACGGUUAUUAAACCAUUAAAUGCCUAUAUCACUGUAACUGAUGAAACAGCAAAGAAGCAGGCCGAGAAUUCAGAUUCGAGGCAGAAAAAUGAUGCAUUAUUGGGAAAACUCGAUGGAAUUCCCAUUGCAGUUAAAGAUAAUUAUUGCACGAAUGGUCACUUGACGACCUGUGCAUCGAAAAUGCUUUCGAAUUUUAUUCCAAUAUACAAUGCAACUGUAUACCAACGUUUAGCAGAUUCCGGAGCAGUUUUAAUUGGCAAAACUAAUCUCGAUGAAUUCGCUAUGGGUUCUGGAACUGUUGAUUCGUAUUAUGGUCCAACAAAGAACCUGUGGAAAUCAGAUGUAAUAAACAAAUAUUACUCUUGCAAAGAGGAAUGCACAAAGGAUUCUCCUAAUGACAAUUCAUGGCAUAUAGCAGGUGGUAGCAGUGGUGGUUCUGCUGUAGCUGUUGCUACUGGAACUUGUUAUGCUGCAUUAGGUUCAGAUACUGGUGGUUCCACUAGAAAUCCAGCAUCAUACUGUGGUCUUGUUGGAUUAAAACCCACUUAUGGGCUAGUGUCACGCUAUGGGCUUAUUCCACUUGUAAAUUCUAUGGAUGUUCCUGGCAUUCUUGCAAGAUAUGUGGAUGAUGCAGUGUUUGUUUUGAAUGCUAUAGCUGGUCCUGAUGAAGCUGAUUCUACAUCCACACGAAAUGAAUAUGUCCCAAUUAAUUUACCCAACACCAUAGAUGUUAGUAAUCUGAGAAUUGGGAUACCAAAAGAGUAUAAACUAAAAAAUAUAAAUCCUGAUGUUCAGGAAUGUUGGGAUGAAGUUUCCCAGUAUUUGAGAGAAGCUGGGGCAUCAGUUUCUACAGUAUCAAUGCCACAUACCAGUUACUCUAUAUCUUGUUAUUCAAUCCUGAAUCGUUGCGAUGUUGCUAGUAAUUUAGCUUGUUACGACGGUAUGGAAUACGGUUAUAGAGCAGACGAGUGGAGUUCCGCGCUCGAACUUUAUAAAAGGACUAGAACAGAAGGAUUUGGUAACGUGGUUAAGGAGCGCAUCUUAGUUGGAAAUUAUUUUUUAUUAGAAGAAAAUUACGAAGAAUAUUAUGUAAAAGCAAUGAAGAUGAGACGACUAAUCUCUAAUGACUUCGAAUCGGUAUGGAACGAUAACAUUGACCUUCUGCUUACUCCUACAACAUUAACAGAUGCACCAGACUACAAUGGAUUCGUUGCAUUAGAUAAUCAGACUCAGUGUUUAAUUCAAGAUUAUUGUACACAGCCUGCGAAUAUGGCAGGCAUACCAGCAAUUAACCUGCCAAUUAAACUUUCCCGAAAUGGUUUACCUUUGUCUUUGCAACUUAUGGCACCACCUUUCCAUGAAAAAAAACUUCUUAGCAUAGCGAAGUGGAUAGAACAAAUAGUUAAGUUUCCUAGGCUAGAAUUGACAGAUCUAUCUCUGCUCGAAUAAAAUGUUUGUGUACGAACGUUGGUUUAUUUAUAACAUUAUCAUUUUGUCACAUAAUGAAGUAAAAUAUCUUUCACAA